AUAAUGUGAUGAAAAAUGAUCAUAAUUGACAGCUUAUUCUGCAAAAUAAAAUUGAAUAAAUCCGAAGCUAAUCAGAUGGCUGCUGGAUCCGGCAGAGCUCGAGCUGAUUAUGAUUACCUCAUCAAACUCCUAUUGAUCGGCGACAGCGGUGUGGGUAAGAGUUGCCUUCUUCUAAGAUUUUCCGAUGGCUCUUUCACCACCAGCUUCAUUACUACCAUAGGGAUUGAUUUUAAGAUAAGGACUGUAGAGCUUGGUGGUAAAAAAAUCAAGCUACAAAUUUGGGAUACUGCUGGACAAGAACGAUUCCGUACUAUCACCACUGCUUACUAUCGUGGAGCUAUGGGCAUAUUGCUGGUGUAUGAUGUCACCGACGAGUCAUCUUUCAACAACAUUCGGAACUGGAUCAAAAAUAUUGAACAACAUGCCUCCGACAAUGUCAACAAAGUUUUAGUUGGCAACAAGGCUGACAUGGAUGAAAGCAAACGGGUCUCUCUCUCACUCUCUGAUAGGAUUUAG